UGAGCCUUCCCGGUCGCAGUCAGGGAGGAGACGAAGGCGCGCUCGCCACGGACCAAGCUCACAUGCCCGGCCUCGUGAGCUCGCCCGCGGCUGCUCGAUCGCUUGCUGCGGGAGCAGAGCAGAGGAGUGGAGAGCUGGCUUGAGCGGGGGAUCGGGCUUUGCUCUUCCGUCCGCGAAGGAAGGGUGGGGAGCGCGGCGGCCAUGGGCGGCGGACAGGCGGGGGGAGAAGCUGGUAAGGGAGAAGAGAGCGAGGGCCAAACGAGUCGGCCGUCCAAUUGAUACCAGGGCUUUUAUGCAAAUAUUCGGAUCGCGAUAAAAAAAAACAGGGUGUUUUCUGCAAGAUAUCGGAUCGCAAUUAAUAAUUACGAUCCAACUUAGGGGUUUACUGCAAGAUAUCGGAUCGCGGUUAACUAUCGCGAUCUGCGUUUUAUGAAAAAUAUCAGGGCCAAUAUGUAAAGUUUCUUACCGGCGAGGCCGCGCCGCGGCUGCCGCUGCCGACUUCCGCUAGCCCGCCGCCAUGCUUCCCGCGACAUUAUCCUUCAGGUUAACGGGACUAGGCGCUGCCUCCAGCCCCCGCGCGCCGCUCUCGGGCCUAGCUCCCCAAGAGAUGCUCCCGCGGCAGCGCCGGCGCGCACGCGCGGACGGCGGUGGCGCGGGUUGGCGUCUGCCUGCUCCUAGCUCUAGCAUUGAAGAGUGGACCAAGUUUUCGUUGUUUUGCCCACAUGAAUCUCUGCUGAGGAGUGUGGCCUCGCGGUUGGGACAAGUGCCACGAGCCCAUGACGCGGACGCCGCCGACGAGCGGGGGUUCUCGGUUCCUCUCCGGCGCUGGGAAACCCUCCUCGUCAUCACCCUCUCCUACUGAUUACUGAACACGAGGCACAGGUUGAGCUACCCCCACACCGCCACCUCCUCCCUUGCUCUUGCGCGGUUCGAUUUGUUGCCCUUUCAGAUACGUCAAGUCUCUCUCAUUUGGUGCGAGGAUGAGAUGACACUCGAGUAAACCCCUGAUUUGAUUUGGUGCUCUUUGGCCAAGGUGGUUCAGUUACGUGAUGCCCAUGGUCGUCCUUCUGAAGAACUGCGUGCUCAAACUUUGGAGUACAAGCUCCUUCAGCAAAAAUUUAGAUAUUUUUGUGACUUUUGAGUUGAUACUGGCGUAGCCUUAAUGAGGAUUGGAGGGGCUCCAUUCAGUUGGUUUGGUGCGCGUAUGUUUGGUUGUUCAUCCCUUCACGUCAAAGCAAUUUCCUUUGUUGCUAUCUACCACCAGUACUACUAACACAGUCUGGUACUGUUAAGUAACCAUCAUUCAAAGACCGUAGCAACUGCAUUUGGUGCAACGUUUUCCUCUUUGCGAUUGCUCCAACCACAACGGUGGCCUUGAAUAUCUUAAGCAGGAUGUUGCUCUCUUGGGGCCCCUAUUUUUUUCCUUCUAGAAAAAUGAGAUUAAGGACAUGAUCCAGAUGAGAGAAUCAAAGUGGAGCCAUCCAAAGCCAAAGGCAUCUUCCUUGAUGUCCUGAACAUCUUUGAAAGGACAUGUAAUGACAAGCAUUUGACAAUGUUGCCAUUGAUUGCCUGUUUGCCUGACAGACACGAGUGCAACACCCCAUCCCAUCUGAUUGGCUCAACACUACUGUAGCUUGUGCCUGUGCUUGGAGCCUGUCCUUCCUCAACAUCUUGCAGAAAAGCAGUGAGACAAGAGAAGGCCAUUGCCAGCUAUUAACAAUGGAAACAAUCAGAAGGCAGCAGCAGGAGAGAGGGACAGAUUUUGGUCACAUUUCCAACUACCGUCAGAACUAAACAAUUUGUUCUAGUGCUUGUGUUUGGUGGAUCUGAAUCACCCUUCUGAUCUGGUCACCACUUCCCUCCCUUGUCUAGUUCUCUUCUCUUCUCCUCUCCCUGCUGCAGCUGCAGGCACAGGGGCUAACCGCACUAGUGCUACUCCACUACCACAGCAACAGCAGCAAGAAGCAGAGGGGCCUCCAAUUCCCAUGGCCACCAAGGUUCUCGACAAGAUCACGGUGGCGGCCUCGCCUCCGGCCUCCGGCGGCGUGCUCCCCUUGACCUUCUUCGACGUACCCUGGCUCUUCACCGGCCCGAUCGAGCGCGUCUUCUUCUACACCUACCCGCACCCGGUCGAGCAAUUCACCGCCCACCUCCUGCCUUCCCUCGUUUCCUCCCUCUCCGCCGCCUUGCACAGCUUCUAUCCUCUUCUUGGCUGCGUCCGGCCGUGCCCGGACGGGGGCGGCGGGUACGAGUUCUACUCUACGGGUGGGGAUGGGGGCGGCGUCGAGCUCACCGUCGCCGAGAGCUCUGACGACUUCGAGGAGCUCUCCGGCGGCAGCCCGAGGGAUGUUGCCCGGCUGUACGAGUUGGUGCCGCAGCUCCCGCGGACGGAGGACGGGAGCUUCGCUCUCGCGUCGGCGCAGGUCACGGUGUUCGCCGGCCAGGGCCUCGCCGUCGGCGUGUCCAUCCACCAUGUGGCCUGUGACGAUUCCAGCUACAUGCAUUUCGUGAAGACCUGGGCCGGCCAGUGCCGAGUGGCUGCCGGCGAGGACGCCGCCGAGGUGCCACCACCGUUAUUGGACCGUGACGUGGUCGCGGAUCCCGAGGGCCUUGCCGCCAGGACGCUCGACGAAAUGCGCCAAUUGGCAGCCAAAGGCCCACCUCCGCCGCCGCCGCCAGGUCCGCCGCCGAAGCUGGUCAUCGCGUCGUUCGUGCUCACCCGCGACUGCAUUGACAAGCUCAAGCAGCGUGUGGUCGCCAAGGGCGCGGCGAGUGCCAACGGCGGUGGACGCGUCCACUGCUCGGCGUUCACGGUGGCGUGUGCGUUCGCGUGGGCCUGCCUGGCGAGAGUCGACGGCAGCUACACCUGCAAGAAGCGCGCGCACCUGCUGUUCUCGGUGGAAUGCCGUCGCCGCCUCGCGCCGCCGAUCCCCCAGGAGUACCUCGGCAACUGCCUCCGUCCGUGCUUCGUCGAGGUCGACAUGGGGGACCUGCUUGGCGCCGACGGCGUCGUGACCGCGGCCGCAGCGAUAGGCGCAUCCAUCAAAGGUCUCGACGGCGGCGUGCUGGACGGCGCCGACGGGUGGUUCCACAAGAUCCUGUCACUAGUCCCGGAACACCCCAUGUCAGUUGGUGGCUCGCCGCGCUACGGCGUGUAUGACGCCGACUUCGGCCUGGGUCGGCCGAACAAGGUCGAGCUGGUGUCCAUCGACAAGACGCCGGGCACGGUGUCGCUGGCGGAGGGCCGCGACACGCAGGCCGGGAUCGAGAUCGGCGUCGUGCUGCCGGAGGCCGAGAUGGCGCAAUUCAGCUCAUGCUUCUCCGACGGAUUGAAGCAGCUGUGAACACGAGAUCCUGCUGGUGGUCAGUACAUAUUGGCCGGUUUGUCCAGUUCUGGUCAGUGCUCAUGAGGUCGUUUAUCGGCGCCCGAAUUGCAUUUUUAAGCGCAUAAAUUGGUUCUUACGAAGUACUGGUAAUAUAGAUGACCGCAGGUGUAUAUUUGAGAGAUGGAGGAUACAUAUAUUUUGGUAAAUUCAUAUGUGAGACUUUGUUAAUUGA